AGCAGAGUAAAUGACAUAUACAUUGUGCAGGAAUUUAAAUUUUGAUUUUUGAUUCGAAACUUCAAACGAAGGAAUGUCUUGGAUUUAAAAUGGUAAGAGACAUCUUAAUAGAUUUGAUCCUUUACGUUUGUAGCAUAUAUAACUGUAUGUUGUAAGUUUAUAUAACAUUUUUAUAUACGAGCCAAAGGCCAAUUAUUAACGCACAAAGGUCAACAACGUUCAUCUGAUUUGUAUAUCGUAUAGUUCUGUCUCUGGGUUUUCGUUGCGUGUCGUCUUGUAAUGUUUAAGAGUUAAAUCUCAAGAAAGUCGAGGGAAUAAAUUCCUUUUACUGGUUUGUUUAAUACUUUGAAGCAUGAAUUUUGUGUAUCAGUAUGCGACAUGAACUUGUAUUAAUUAUUGUUAAUUGUAACUUUAUAUUAACUAUAGUUUAUUUGUGGCUAACAGCGGGGGAGGGGAUGUUGUGUCAUUGGCAGACAUUUUAUAAAAGUUUCUGAAAGCAUUAUUGUACUCCUUAAGACUGUGUAACUAAGUUGCAAUGAGGUAUUUUUUAACAAUGAAAGCGAGGUAUUGCUUGUAAGCAAAUGAACAGCAAACAACAUGCUUACUUGUAUACAAGCAAAUGAACUGCAAACACUGGAUUUUGAUGUACCAUAUUUCAGGUCUUCUGUUUUUUCUUAAUUGCUAGUGUAGUGGCAAGUUACUAUGCAAGCAACAAGUUACUAUGCAUGCAAGCGACAUGGUGGAAAUCACAAAAUCCAGUCAUGCCUUUUUGACUUAUUUGUUCUAGUUGGAAAUCUUUAUUCAAGUGGCUUUGGUGAUUGUUUCUGUAGCAUGUAUAGCAAUGUGCUCAUGGAGGUAUGGUUUCAUGAUUACUCAGUUAACAUGUGAAUUGAUCACACCACAACAAGUGUGCUUUCUAACUUCCCAAUAAAAGUCUUUAACCCUAACGCCUAACCACUUGCACCCCACUAGAAAUUUUCCGUCCCUCCUUUUAAGAAAAGGAAAAUCCACCUUGAUAUGUGUUUAAGGUGAAAGACAAAUCUGAACCUGAUCUAAUGAAAUUUGUAUCAGGCCUUCAUUUUUUCUUCGCCCGCCUGCAGCAAGAGAAAUAAAGUCCUGAUUUUCCAUCGCGUCUCACUCUCGCUCGUCUUCAAAUUACUUUAGCUGUCAACGUAAACAUGGGUAUACAUCGAUCCCAGAUGAAGAGAAUGUAUCUGAGAAGUUAACAAGAGAUAAAGAAUUUCAAAGACUGGCUUUAAAAGGUGCUUAAAUUAUAUUUUAAAAUUAUAGUAGUUUUAUAAUAAAAUUCCUGAUCCCUAGCUGCUACUAACUUCCCAAUGAAAAGUUGAAUUUCUCCUUUUAUUUUUCAGGUAGUUGCAUCGGUACCAAUGAACGUUAUGUUAAAUUUUGAAAUUAGUUACGUUUCAUGUUUUUUUUUCUAGUUAACACAAUUUUUAUGUUAUUUUCAGAGGCUCUUUGUCAGUUCUUUUUGAACUUGUCGGGAAAAUAUUCAUUCUUUGAACAGCUGGAUGACAUCGGUAAGAUUUUGUGACAGAACAUAGUAGGCGGGGUAUUCAACAUGUUAAUUGCCAAUUGGAAAUACAUUAUUUGAUAUUAUUAGUUUGAAGAUUUUUGGCUUGAAGAUUUUUGGAAAUGGAAAAUCACUAUGAAUCCUGAUAAUUUCAUCUUAUUGCUACUAGGUUGCCGGCUUGGAAGAAGCUGGUUUAUUGUGAAAGAAACAAAAUCAGAAAAGAAGUUGCUAGUUUUAACGAAGAAGAGUUCUGACUGUUGUCUCUCUCUUACGCCCACCACUAUCCAGUUACUUAGGGAUCUGUUUGGACCGCUUAGCAGGGUAGGUGCAAGUCAUGAAUUUUCUACUGAUUUUUUGAAAAAUGCAACUUAACACUGGCUGAGGUCCCUGAAAAAUGCAACUACGGGUCCCUGAAUGCAAGCUUGAGAUGUAGUACUGUACUAUGUAGUUUAUGAAUUGAGUUUAUUCAAGUACUGUAGUCAUAUGGGACAUGGCCAUUUUCUUUGUAUUAUUUUCACAACAUUAAAAAAUGUGCUUUAUUUCUACAGCAUCCUUACAUAUAUCCAGUGACAGAUGUCGGUGUACUUGCUCAGAAGCCAUUCGUCUUUGUUGUAGAACCAUUUCAUAAAAAGGGGACGUUAAAAGAUUUGAUUUAUAAGGUACAAAAUGCCUACAAUGUGAAGAGGUAGAUAUAGGCCCGGGUGUAAUCUUAAAAAAGGUAACCCACCUUUCUUAAGUAAGUUAAUCUAUUUUUAGGGUGGCCGGUGGCUUACCUUUGCAUUGUAGCUAGUGAUCAAGAAUCUUUACAGUAUAGCUAGUGUACUGUAGUAUUAUUGUCUUACUAGCUUUGAUUGUUUUUAGCAAAAUAAUUGUGAAACAUACCUAUUUUCUAGAAAAGACCACGCGAAGUUUGGGCAGGCAAAUACAGGGUACAAGGAAAAGCAAUGAAUGUACUCGAAAUCAAAAUGUAUGGCAGACAAAUAUUAAAAGUAAGUUAAUAUAUGGAUGAUUUGAUUUUAGUCGCCGGUUUUUGGGGGCAUGGGGCAUUUUUACAUUCCCAACUGACAAGUGAAAUAAAGUUCACUUACUUUAACUUGCUUACUUUUUGAAACCCUGAACCAGCCCCCAUUGUAAUUGGUGUUCCCCAGGGUUAAUCAUGAUCAUAAUUAUCCCUUGCAGGCCAUGCUGUUUUUGCAUAGUAAGGGAAUUCCAACCAAUGGUCAUGUACACAGUGGCAACAUAUUUGUUAAGAAAGGUAUUUGCAGGUAUUGUCACGGCAACCAUAACUGCAUUUUAUUCAACAUUCAACAUUGAUUGCUAUGCACAUGUUAACAAUUUUAUGUACUAAUGGAACUUGUGCAAUAUAAAAUAAUGUAAAUUAUUAUAUGUACAGUACUAAUGGAACUUGUGCAAUAUAAAAUAAUGUAAAUUAUUAUAUGUACUAAUGGAACUUGUGCAAUAUAAAAUAAUGUAAAUUAUUAUAUGUACUAAUGGAACUUGUGCAAUAUAAAAUAAAUGUAAAUUAUUAUAUGUACUAAUGGAACUUGUGCAAUAUAAAAUAAUGUAAAUUAUUAUAUGUACUAAUGGUCAACUUGUGCAAUAUAAAAUAAUGUAAAUUAUUUUUGUUAAAUUAUUAUUUUGUAAAUUUAAUAAUUUGGUUCAAUCUGUAAUUUGGCGAGGUAAUUUGAAUAAAACUUAUUACUAUUACUAUUAACUUCAUUUUGCAGAAUUUCCGGAUAUGAACAAGCGAUUUUAGGAUUCAAGUCGCGCUUACAUCCAAGAUUGUCUAGAGCUUUAAAGAAGAAUAAAUAUGCCAUUGAUACGCUAUGUUUUGGUAAUACAUUAACUAUUUCUACAGUACUAUCAAUUACUGAUUUUUUUCACUUGAUCCUUGGUCGAUGUUUUCACGCUCUGUUUUUUCAGGGUCGAUGUUUGAAUUUAAUUUUGAAUGGGUUAACAUUAAACCUUAGAAAAUUUCAGUAACAUGAUUGUUAUUUAACAACAUGAUGACAAAAUUUUCUUUAGGGCAUCUGCUGUAUGAAAUGUCAUACGGUCAAGAAUUAUUCAAUGCAAAGCCUGGUAAACUUCAUUUUGAAUAUUGUUCCAGAAGUGUUGAGGUUGGCGAGGUAUGUGCGAUGCAUGAUUUAAAAUUUUUUGUUUCUGCAUGGUGUUCUGCACUCCGGUGAAUAUACAUGUUUGUGAUGUUGUCUUAGUAGUGUUGUUUCUUUACUUUUUACCCUACAGUAUAGCUGUAGUCCUAAAUCAACCUUGUCCUAACCUAAAGAUUUCAGUCAAGCGUGCGUGCGGGUUAAUUGCAGUAGUCACCUGACAUUAUAUAAUUCAUUAUAGAUUUUAAAGUUUGUGUUUGGAACGGAAGACUCGUCCUACCCUGAUCUUAAAGAGGUAAGCUAAAUUCUUGUUUGAUUUGGAGCUUGAUAUUUAGAUACUGUAUAAUUAUAAUUAGAGUUAUUUAGAUACUGUAAUUAUUAGUUUAGAAGCACAAAGUGUUAAAAGUCUGGGAUAAUUUCUGCAAAUACAACCACAGAAAUUUUUAGAACCACUGAGAACCACAAUUUAGAACCACAAUUUUUAGAACCACUAAACAAGUGAAACUCUAAAAAUCGAUAACAUAAGAAUGUUAUCGAUUUUUUGAGUUUCACUUGUUUUGUAUUUUACAACCACAGACCCCUGGCAGGUAUUGAACCUGUGGCCCUGCAAUCCAGCCAACUGACCCACUCGAAGAUAAAAGUCAUAUCUUCCCACCGCCGUGUAAUAUCUUCUAUUUAUGUUCUCAUGGUUAUAUCAGUUCCUUACUUUCAACUUUGCAGAUCUUAUACCACAGAUUCUUUCAAGGAGCUGAUGGCUUAGACCCUAUUGAUCCCGAUUCGGUAGGUUGUACAUGUACAGUAUAUGUAUAAUACGAACCUAAAAUGAACAUGGUUUUGUAAUUGGCGUCCUUAGAACUGUAUAUACAAUAUAGAAUAACAGAAUUUUCUUUCCAUAUUUCAUUUUUGGGAUAUUCCAUUUUCUUUAAAAAGGCAAUGCCAUGCAACAACUUCUGAGUAAGACGUACUGUAGAAAGUAUUGUCUGAAAGUUCAGAGUUAGGGUAGGCUCUGAAUCAGGGUUUUUAAAUUAGGAUCUUCAUAAGAGUUGAGAUUUACCGUUUUGGGGAUCAACCAAGAUAUUAUUUUAUUUUAGAUUUUCUUCAAACCACAAGUAACUCGAAAUGUUCUCAAACAUUUUAAGAAGUACUUCAAGAAAACGCGAAGGUAAAGUAUACGAUAAUGCCCUUAUAUUGUUGGUGCCAUAACAGCCAACAGUGAGUUCGUCGUACAGUAUCAUCUGAUCAAAUAUGCAUGAGGUAUUGACAUAUUGACAUUCAACGGAGUGACGUCAUAAUGUUGUCAUUGAAGAAAAAAGGUCGUCAGAUUUAGAUUAGGAUUAUAUUAGGGUCAGACUAAGAUUAGAUCAGGGUUAGGGUUAGAGGUUAGAGUGGGGGUUGGGUGGGGGUUAGGGUUCAAAUUAUUAAGGCAAUGUCCUAAUUUGAACUUACAAUCUUACAAUUACAAUUACAAUUGUAAUCUUAACUACCUGAAGAUGGAGUAAAUCUCCCAAACGUCGUUUGUUAAUGUAGUACACACAUUUAAAAAAAGUCUUACUGUGGUCUAUACAUUGAACACAAAAUAUGCUAUUAACACGAGGCUAAGGGAAAGUUCGUUCCUAAACAUUUUGAAGAAUGUCUUAAUUGUAAAACGCAAUCUUAACUACAUACCCGAUCUCCGAAACGUUGUUUGUUAAUGUAAUAAACACAUUUAAAAAAAAGUCUUACUGUGGUCUAUAUGUUGAACACAAAACAAUUAAAUUAAGACAUAGCCAUAAUUUUGGGAGGAGAUUAUGCUGUACAGUAUAAAAAUUUACCGCUAUAUGCCUAUAGCAUCAUGAUGAGAGUUAAUGAGAGUUAAACUAAUGAGAAUGGUAAAACAUCCCGUAUAACUAUUCUUUCCAUUGUGUGUGUUGUGUAAAGUUGAUUGAUUUUUAAUUUUUUACAGCAAAUCUGGCAAAGAUCGAAGUGAGGUUGGGAAAGAAGCUGAAGAAUCGCCCGAUAUUUCAAAGAGGUAGGUGAUGCCAGUUUCAUCCUCAGUGGCUGUGGCAACCCGUUUUUGUCCUUCCCACAUUAUGACGUCAUAUUGUGUAUCUGUAACUGAACAAACAACGGCAAAAUCUUAUCUAUUUGUUAUUAUAUAAGCAGAGUCUCGUUGGAAUUAACGAAUAAACCUUUCUUGUAAUGAUAUUUAACGCCGAAAAACACUAAAAAGUGCCCCUCCCCCCCAGAGGACAAAAAAGUCCUUCGGGACAAAAAAUUGUCCGUUAGAACAUACUGUAAUUCCCAUAGGGACAAUUGUCACGAGAGAAAUUUAUUGCAUUCUCUCGUGGGACAUCGCAUAAAUUAGUUUUGCGCUUUUGACGUCAUUAUAACAAAAGUCUAUUUGCCGUUGUUCUUUGACGCGUCAGAAUUGUGGACAUUAUGGUAAAAAUACGGGUAAUGGUUUUAUUUCAGGUCUCGUGAAAUGGACAAUGAUUUUGUGGUAUCCUACGAAGCUGAGACAGAGACGGUCUCCAACCCCCUUCUACGCAAACAAGCACUCACGUCAUCCAACGAUGUACCUUCAUCACCUACGUAUGUCUCAUCUUCACCCUAUCAGACACCACCCGUGCACUCUGGAACACAUGAAAUUCAGCCGGAAGGGCAAUUCGACGAAUCGCGUGAUCAACCACGUGACGAGCCAGCCAGACCUCUGUUCGGAGUGGAAGCUCUGAUGGACUCGAUUAAACAGGCAAUUCAAAAACGUCAUGACGCUUUAGAGAAUUCUGAUGAAAUGUCAUCUCGUCGUUCGUCUUUCUCCUCGACAUCCCCACCAAAUUCACCUACAUCCUUCGAUAUCCCUAGAUCAUCAGAAUUGCCACCUCCAAAACCUUCAAUCCCUAAUAAGCCACCACCACUGCAAAAACCACCGGUUCCCCCUAAGUCUGAAAAUCGCGAUCCAAAGAUACCCCCAACCGUGCACAUAACCCCACCUACCCCCAAAGGUCUCCCACCUGCCCCCAAAGGUCCCCCACCUGCCCCCAAAGCUCCCCCACCUGCCCCGAAAACAGCUCCACGUACUAAAGGUAACAUAGACUAUCAACCAAGCAAAGGAUCAACUAGAUCGCAAUUACUCAAAUCUAUUAUUCAAGGGGCAGAAUUACGUAAGACUGUCACAAAUGACAGGAGUGCGCCGCGUGUUUAACGCGAGUGAUACACGUCUUGCGAGAAACACGCGUCGUGCGAGAAGCACGCACACCGAAUGGUACCUAGAUAAUUCCAAAUUUAAGAAAUUAGUGAACAACUUCAUUAAGUUGCAAUUGCGAAACUUAAUGACAUUCUUUUCCAAACAUUGCAUUAUACGACCCCCACCCCCUCUAGUAAGUAGCUGUAAGUAAUUACGGGGGGAAAGCAUAUGCAAAAAGCGUAAUACAUUGUAAAACACCGCUUCUCCUGUUUUACAAUUAUGCAUCAAUAGGGGGAAAUUUUACUACGUCAUCGGGCCCCGCGCAACCGUCCAGUGGCCUUGUGUCGAACCUCCGAGUUUUUAGCCAAACCAUAGCCUAUCGAAGGGGAGAUGGCUGUGAAACUCCUUAGAAUAACAAUAUAACUCAUUACCUAUGUUGCUCAACGUUUAUUCAUAAAUCUGGUCCUUCACCGUCACGUGUGUAUUGUAUUCUUGCCCAACUAACCAAUAGCAAUAUUUUAGGAAAGUCACCUAUCCGUGACUCGAACAAUAGGGAAACUGGAAAUUGCUAUUGGUGGAUUUGUUAAAAAUACAAUACACACGUGACGGUGAAACGACCAGAUUUAUGAAUAAACGUUGACUAACAUAGAUAAUGAGUUAUACUGUUAUUCUAAUGAGUUUCACAGCCAUCUCCCCUUCGAUAGGCUAUGGACAAACACAGGUGUUUUACUGCGCCCUGGUUUAACGAUAGUUAUUAACCAUAGUUAUUAACCAUAUCUACUGUAUGGUAUGGGUCAAGCACUCGGGUCGAGUCCGCUCCAUGUAGACGCCUGCUUCGCAGGCUAAAAUAAACAAAAUGGCGGCUUAUAGAGUGAUAAAUUGAAUCCCAUUUCUAUUGACUGUGGCCUGUGUUACAGAUCUUACAAUUAGUAUAUAAGGUCUGUGAACAUCGGCGCGAUUGCUUUUUUGAUGCAUAAAUUAAAUCCUCAGAUUUGGGGAUUAAAUUUAUUCAAAUUUGUUUUUAUAGCUUUUAUUAUCCUAGCAGUCGAAAUAUAUGUGAUUUUGAAUGAUGUGUAAUGGUUAAUGUAUGUCUUAUGGCUUGCUUUCACAAUAACACUGAUGCAUAAAUAUUUUAAUUAUAAAAGUUCAUACCCGUAGAUAAAUUUCUAAAUUAUUAUCUCCUAGGUAGCUAACUAUUUUUUAACUUUGGCAACCAAUAUUGGCCAAUAUACAGUCCAUCACAUUGCCAAUAUACCACAUAUAACUGCUAGAUUUUCAAGUAUAGCUGAGGUAACAAUUAUUACAACUUAUGGAAAUUUUUCAUAACUUAAUAAUAUCCUAGUAUGAUACUCUGAAAUUUUUAACUAUAUACCAGCAUGCUUUUAGGAGGGGGUACUUUUCUGAAGAUUAAGCUGGGGAUAAAUCUUUUCGCGGUUCAUAGACUAAUUUCUUAAAGAGCGUCUACUUAUAGUAUUUCUGUUCAAUUUAUCAUACGUUUUGUCUUACUAGUAGGACCUUUGUAUAUGGUAUGUAUACUCUGUAAUAAUGCCUCGCAUGGUGUGUCAAGACACAUGUCCACUAUUUUCAAUGCUCCCUGUUAUGCAACAACCACUACAUUAAUAGCAACGACAAGUACAGAAAGCACAACAACAACAGUGAAAUAAUGGUCACAUGUCAACACUAUAUGCGCAAAUAAACAUGUACGCUUAGCGUACCUAUUUUUAACAAUCGAUGACGCGACAAAUUAUUAUGACCAGAUGGAUUAUAGAUUGAUGUUAAUUCUUUUCAUUAUGUGAAUUAAUCUUGUAUUUUUUAUAACACCUACACAUCUCCCACUAUCGUCACUACAUAAAAAUAUGCAAAACUCACUAAGUAGACAAAAUCAGCCAACCGUUUGUUUAUGCCCAAAUUCGCAAGUUGUGGGUUAUCCAGAGUUGUGAAUUGGGUGCGAACAGUGUAAGGGACCAGUCAUUAUUUAUGGCGAGGGGUGGCACCGAAGGGAAAUGUUUUUAUCUUGGUAAAAAGAUUUUUUUACUAACCUCAAAUAUCAAUUAAAAAAUAAAUACCCACCCCUGGCCAACAACUUUACAAAAGGAUGCCAUUCAGUUGUCACACAUGUCCUUCACCAUUUCUGUGACAUGAGCUUGAUAACUGCUUGUGCAAUUUUCUGCAGUCUCUAAAGUUUCACGUUGUCUGCACAUGUACUUCCUUUGGAGACACCCUUUGCCUCCUGACAAAUCGGAAGAUGAUCAAGAUAGUGAUUCCGAUUGAUCUACAUAUUGUAUUGACAUAAGACUGUUUACAUUGCUUUUUAGUCUUUAACAUUUGAGUGAGUCAUGCUUUGGAAAGUUUAAUAAAUUUUUAUCCCCCAACCCUUGAGUUGUUUUGUUUUUCAUUUACCCAACCUUUUACUCGCUUAAAAUUUUGUUUGCCCAACCCUUUUCUCUUCGGUGCCACCCCCCAACAUAAAUAAUGACCAGUCCCUAAGCAUACACGGUAGCAGACCUCUGCAGAGGCGAAGCGCGCUUGCACCAAAACCCACUAAAAGACUUUUUAAUGGUCGAUUUAAACCAUGACAAUUAUGUCUCAGCCUGGCAAACUAUCGUGAAACAAGUUUGAGGUUUCGCCAUUCUCCGAUAUCUCGCCGCUUGCGGACAUUUGAGCACGGCUCCGCCUUGAGGAGCCUGAAGAGAGUGUCAGACUUCGAUUUAGUUCCCCAUCAGACUUCGCGCGGACAGCCAUGGUUGAAAAGUCUUCAAAGUCGCUGUAAGCGUCAACAUAAUAGUCUUCGUCUAGAGGUGAUGUUAAAUCCUCAGCAGAUAAUUUCCGUACUGGCGUCUCACUGGGACUCACAUUCAAAGACCGGUCUUCCCAGAUAAACACAUUGUUGUAUUCCUCUUGUUCUGAAUACCCGUUUAACAGGUAAAACUCGUUUGCACACGGUGAAGAGUCUGGACUCGAGGAUCCCGUACCGUAUUUUUUCUUUGAUCUCUUCUCCCACGCCCACUGUAUAGCCCAGAUGCUCAGCGGUCUCAUGUAGCCAAGUGAACGGUAACGACCGUUCCCAGUGUACGCCUCGGGCGUCUGAAAAGCCAUUCCAAAUCGCUCGUAGCAACUUCGGUAUACUCCGCACGCGGUGCGAAAUCCUUCUUCAACCAAACCCUUAAAUCAAAUUAAGCGUAGGUUUACUUUUGUGCUAUUUGUUGCGAGAUGGGCACUCAGGGUCAUUUUCACAUGAGCUGACACAUCGCAAUCAGGCUCUGUUUUCCCUUCCUUAGACGCGGUUGGAUGGAAGGGAAAAGGGCUGACAUAAAUCCUUGUCUGGCCGCAUUUUCACCUGACUAGUCUGUCAGACAAAAAAAUUAAUCUGUCUUUAUUGAUAGGUUGGUUCCAGUUAGAUUAUACUCUAUUGUUAAUGACAUAUUUAGUAGCUUUAAUUAUCUAGAGAUUUAUUCAGGAAGUGCACUAUUUACAAAACAAAGAAAAUGUAUACAAAAUUUUACAAAUAAUUAUGUUUUGAAUGAAUAAUUUCAAGUUAAUUUGAUAAAGUGAAGGUGCGUAGUGAUCAAAGGAGCAUAAACUUUCGAGUUGAUCACUACCUACGUUCGAUCAUAUAGAUAAUUUACAGCUAUACUAUUAUAAUUAGAUUGUUGUCUUUGUGUGACAUUUAAAUUUCUCCAGGGACAUUUUGAUUGGAUACUAAAUAAUUAUUAACUUUACUGUGAGUGGAGAGUGAUCGGAUUAUGAUGUUUGUCUGCUCUAUUUGUAAAAUGGAGCCAGAUACUCAGACUACAUUUAAGUACAAACUUAAUUUUAACCCUAAUCAUAACCUUAAUACUUGAGACACCAUUUUCAGAUAGUACCAUUGAACGUUUUUUUCGGUUACGCUACUCUGAGUGACUUCACCAUCGUAAUCUUAUAUACAUUUAUGCAAACGUAAAACCAUGUACAUAGUUGUUAUGACGUCAUCUCAGGACAUAAGAAAGUCAUCCACAUUCGUGAUGUUUUCUGGGAGAUGUUUGCAGCAAAUUAACACUUUAAAUGUUUCGUGUAAACUACUGUCGUACGUACGCCAAGUGGUUUCCCAUGUAACCAUUCAAUUCAAAAUAAUGGCAUGCAUGACACUUAUCGAUUUUGAUAAGUGGGAAUAAAAAUUGUAAAAUAUAUAAAAUUACCUCUUGAAUCAUGGAAGCUGCUACGGCGUACGUAAUACCAGUCCAUACCUCUUCUGCUUGUACGCUACUUGUGUCAACCUGGGCGAAAUGAAAUUGUCAAGUACAGAACAUACAUUUCACAUAGGUAACUUUCAAGCAUUCCCACCAGACUUUAACACUUUUGUCUAAAUGCCCGUCAUGUGGACUCAAUUGUAGCAUGACGAAAGCCACCUGUUUUAUCUUCAAGCGUAGGUUAUAUAUAUACUACUAUUCCACUGGAAAAAAUUGUGAAAUCCAUAGUAUUAAAUUUGCAAUUGCACCACUAAAUCCAUAGUAUAUCCAUACUAUUUCCAUACUAUAUCCAGAAAUGAACAUUGAAUUUCCAUACUAUUUCCAUGGUAAGAAUUUAAAAAAAAUAUUCCAAUUUCACAAAUUUCACGUCAUGUUUUUGGGAAUUUGCGUCCAUUUUGCGAAAUGCUAUUUUCGUUCAUGGCAACAGGUUGACGUUAAUUUCGUUUAUUUCAUACUUGCUUAGACUUUUAGAAUUAACGCCGUUUUUAAAAUUUAUGUUCCAAGUGAAACACAAUAGCAGCGCCGAUCCCCAUGUAGGCAGGAUCUCGGCAAUGGCAACUAAACCUGUCCAUGUGAACAGCCACAUGCAUCCUACCUUUCCGUCUGGCCUCAUACCAUUCACGGCUCCCAGUCGACCAUUAUGAAAUCUCAACACAUUGUACUCAAAUACUGUUGUCAAGGCACUGAUCACGUGAGCUUUUGGGAAGACCUAAAGAGUAUGAGCAACACAAAAUACACUAUGUGGCAUAGGCAUAAUAUAUUUACAUUCAAAUUUUACAAAGCGAAUUGUUUUUUAGUUUUGCACAAAGAUAACACCAGACAAUCAGUGGUUAAUAACCCAUUUUACAGCAUGUUCAAUCCAUGCAGCCCUCAAAUCAGUGUACUUACCCUAUCAUUCGGAUGUUGUCCAAUCUCACACGCCUUGAGAUACCACUGUCCUGCCAUUUGGUCUGCCAUGAUGCUGUUAUGAUACCGUCGCUUACUGCAUUCGUAGUUAUAGUAACGGCCUAUCAAGGAAAUUUAAUGACAUCCGAAACUAGUAUGACUACACGCGUAGAAAUCUCUUGUAGCAAGUCUGCCAACAAGCCGUCAACAAGUUGUGUUCAAGUUAAUUGGCAACAAGUUUAGAACAAGCUGUUAACAUCUUGUAACAUCCUUGUUGAUAUUAUCAGACUUGUUGCAAGGUUGUUCCAACAAGUUCGAUAACUGCAUGAUAUAAGAAUAUUGUUACAACCUUGCGUCGUCAACCUUGGGACAUUCUUGUUAUAUCGUGACUGCAUCAGAAUUGUUAGAACAACCUUGUAACAAGUCUGAUAAUGCCACCAAGCUUGUUAUAAGUUGUCAAAAGCUUGUUUCAAACUUGUUACAACAACUAGGAACAAGCAGCACGAAUAAAACUUGUCCACAGCUUGUGAACAGAUUUGUAACAACUUGUAAACUUGCUCACGAAUGUUGUGACCAAAAGAAAAACCAGGGAUACUAAUUUUCUUCUGACUUACCAUUCCACAGUUUACGUUCAUAGGCUUUCUUUCCACGUUGCAGUAUAUUGUUAUACUUCUUGAUGUCUUCAGGAUAGCUAAGAACUUUAGCAAUUUCAGACAUGGUACGCAAGGCGGCCAACCAUAAGCCCCCACAAUACGCACUGCAAACAAAUAAAUUAAAGUUUAUCAGUUCGCGGCAACCAGUGAUAGCAACAGAAUUAUGUUGCUACUCUGGUAUAAAUAAAUGAAUACAACGCCUUAGGUCCUCUCCCAAAAGAUUUCAGAAUUGGAAAUCAAACGUUUUUCCAAUUUUCAAAAUUUGUUGAGUUUGUAAAUUUGUUGGGUUCUCGCGAAACUUGCAGUUUAAUAAAAUGUUUUAAACACCAAAUUACGGUGUUAAAUCUCAAGUUGAAAUUAACCAAGGCUUGAUGACUAAGCCUAUAGCGUUGCGGUAUCUUUGUUCAAGUUUUUCAAUUUUAAUCCGAAUUGGGAUGAACUUGAAAACUCAUUCCCAAUAUUAUUGGAAUGGAUUGAAAUUUUGCCACUUUUAAUUGAUACAAAGAAGGUGUUAUUUGACAGCUAAAAAUCUGAAAUUUAUUAGUACGAAAAAAAUAGGAGAUGGAUUAACGUGAUUUUUAUAUAUAUCCUGUACAACGAUGUAUUGUAACAUAGGUCACGCAGUCUCCGAGCGUCCUCUACUUAAAAAUGUUACCUAGGGCCAGAUACAAUCCAGGCAUCGUAUGUUUGAUCAGCAAAUCCUGAAUUAUCAAUCAGUCCAUCACCGUCAGAAUCCUGACUGACCGCUUUUGCCAUCACCGUCUUCAUUGAGGGAAGGAAAGAUCAUGAUUUACAAACAUUGAAUAUAAUAUAUAGCUCAUGCAACCUAUUACAUUAUGCGCGGAUAUACUCGUUCAUUGUACCGCGAGAAUUAUCCACAAUAUACUGCUCUGCACUUUUCAGAAAAAUAACAUGCAACAUAGGUAGAUCACAAUCUUUAUACAAACACAUUCACUAAACGUUUAUGGAAAAGAAGAAAUGAAAAGCAUGACAGUACAUGCUAUAAAUGACUACAUGAACAUAUACAUUCAUUGUAUAUUUAUCUUUAUUCUACGAAGGAGAAAUCAGCUCUAACCUUUGCUACUGGCCACAAAUCAUCCAGAAACUGAAUAUCUUGAGUGAAAACAUAAUCACGGUAAAGCUAGAUAGGGAAGAUGAGAUAAAAUAUGUCAUAUUAUUAAUAUCAAAUGUUGUUGCGAUAUUCGGUGUUGUUUUUUUGGUUGCUGUUAGUUUGCGAAAUUGUUACUCCGAUCAUCUCCAUCAUUGUUGCCUUUAUUCUUGCUGUUGUUGCUAUUGGUCUCUGUGUUGCUAUUGUUGUUGCUGUUGUUUUUGUUUACGUAGUAAUGUUUUCAUCAGUUUUCUUGUUGUCGUUAUUGUUCUUGUAUUUGGUGGCGGUGGUGGUGGUGGUGGUGGUGGAUGUUGUGAUUUUCGUCGUCGUUUUUGAUAUGAUAUUUGUCGUUACAUUCGUUGAUGUUUAGUUUUAAAGGAAGGAACUACACCACUGUAAGGUGUACAAUUUAACUUUUUCCUGGUGAAGGCAAAUGCACUAACCAUGCACUAUGCAACCAACAGCUCACCACCAAGAGUUUAUAAUGUAUUUAAUAUUACAGUUUUAGUUAUACUCGUUGUUGCAUUUGUGUUCUUUUCCCAUCGCGUGCCACCAUUGGAAUUGUUUAGUAUAUUGUGUUCUUUAAGUUUAAUAUUGUACCUGCAGUACGAAUUUAAGAUUUAGAUCUUUCCAUUCUGAUGUGUCGUGAAUUGUGUAAGCAUUUAUAUUUGUCCACGGUUCAUCAUCUAUAUUAAUUUUUAAGAUGGUUAAAGUACUAAAAAUUUUAAGGAUAUUUAGGGUUUUAAUGUAAAUAAAGCAUGUUACUAACUGUGUUAUGUUCUUGAUAGAAUUUGACAUUUAUUCUUACCUGGAUCUCCUAUAUCGUGUGGCACAACACCCUGAACUUUCCUGGGGCAUGAUCUACCGCUCAUCAUCGUCAGUCUUUGCUUAAAAUCACUCUUGUUAACAUAAUCCGCUAAAACGAUGGCAAAAGAGAAGCUAAAACACACAUAAAUACAAUAUAUAUAAUAAAUAGAAUGAUAGAAAACACACCAUGACAUGAUCCAAACUAUAUGUUCUAAUAUGUAUCUUAAAUGAAUUAAGAGAUUCAGCUGAUUUUUCUUCGGUUGAGAGCUGAUUCCAGAGCACAGCGCCACUAUAUUUUAAGCUUUUCGUAAAGUGCUACUAACCUCAAAUAAAGUAUUUGGAUUAUUAUAAGAAAUGUAAUAUAACUUUGUAGUAAAAAACUCCUCUUGAUUGACUUUUCGGCUCUCGAAACUGCCGGAUAUGGUGUCAUUUGGGGAAUUUUAGGUGCCGAAAACAAGAGAAAACUAAUUUGCAAUUCCCUAAAUGACGUCAUAUACGGAACUUUAAGAGUAAAAUAGUCUAUUAAGAUGAACCUUUUUACUUUUUACUUGGUGUUAGUCGCACUUUUUUAGAUUUGUUACACUAUUACGAAGAUGAUAAUUUGUCUGAUCCACUUGCCUUCUAGCGAAAGAGUUACUAAGGCCAGGUGCGGUGUGGUCAUUAAGUAUUAUAUUUAUAAACACAUAAAUAUUUACCAAUAUCAUACUGCAAGCUUAGUUGCAACAUCGGCCAGAGCAUGAUGAGAGCAAAAGAUGCGUAAAAAUGAACAUCAUAUGUGUUGUACAUCCUGUAUUCAUGACCUGAAAUAAGUAGGAAACACAAAAUUUAUUAUUACCGUACCUGCCCAUAUUUCACCUGUUCAAUACACCCUCCCGAAAAGUACGUCAUUUUGGCUACAGAAGCCUCGUUUUGGUAUUUGCGACGUUGGACUUUAGCUUAUGUCACAUACACGAAAACGAGGCUCGAUAGCCAAAGUGACGUACGUUCCGAAGCGUUAAGGUGAAUAUCCUUCCACUAUUCAUCUCCACGUCGGCGAAUAAUUGUUAAGUAGAUCAUUGCGUCAACCGCCAAUUGAUCGCAGUAACCGUAAACGUCCAAACCCUAGGUAACCGGGUCUAAACUGCAGCCUAACCGAAGCCUUAUCAAUUCUAAUCGCAAUCGAACCAUCACGAACCUUCAAGAUACGCAAAUCUUCCAUAAUUUCUUACAAUUUCAGGCAGAUAUUUCACUUCUGUAUUCCUGCUCUCCUCUUUUGCUACGUCCAACCAUAUCGUUCCACCAUCCGCAACGAAAUAUAGUUCAUUAAAUAUUCCAGAUUUAUACCAAGCUGGUAAGUUCCUAGAACCACAAAGAGGUAAUAUUUUCAAGAUUAUUGACAUGGACAAAAAUGGGUGCAGACAGAAAAAUAAACAACACACUACUGCAAAUAUUACUAAUAACACGUACUUGUCACGCAAAAUGGGCUGUUGCCACUCCUCGAUUUUUUCCUCCCAUUCCGGGUACGUCCUUAAGGCAUGGCUUACCAGUGUGGAACCGGCGUUACCAUGGUAACCGAAGAAUUUCGUAUACCAUCUAAAGUAAAAUCAAUCUGCAUCAGAACAUAAAUCAUGUAGAUUGGAUAUGGAUUUUUAUCGUAAAUAAAUCUGGUCGGACUUUACCUGUAAUGUUUCAUUUUCUUUGAUCCAAAGUAAACAAUGGGCAUAUCCCAAGCGAGUGAAAAUUCUAAACAUCUUCGUUCUCCGGCAGGAACAGUCGUUGAGGCAACAACAGCUGCAGCAGGUGCCUCGCCUGGAUUACUACGAUGACUUGGAUCUUAAAACGGAAUGUAAAUUGUGGAGAAUCUUCUGUAUGUUACGUAACACGCGCUCAAAACUAAUGAAUAUUUUCCACUUGGUUAUGACUACAUUCAACAUUUUUGUUUUUCGAUACGUUUCAAGCUGCAAACAAACUUAAAAAGUAUAUUUACUUUAGUGCUUUUUCUGUAAGUUAUGCUAAAGUGAAGAGAUUUUAGAUGGUACGCCAAAGAGAAAAUGAUAUCUGAAGUUCAGUAAUUUUUGCUUAUGAUCGCUCCCAAAACGGUCUUUUAAAAAUAACAAUAAAACAAUAAAUAAGCACUAAAAAUCAAAGAUUUUGGCAGAGUUUCCAGACUAUACUAUUAACCAGGGUAGUUAUUUCAAAUGUCAUCAAUAGGAACCAUCUAAAUCAAAUUGCAUACUUGUUACCUGGAUUGGAUGAUAGCAUGCCAUCUUCAUGCAAAUCCUGCCAAAGUCGUCGUCCAGGACUUUUUGCAUUAAAUACGGUUUUCCAUGUCACACGGACAAGCUGGUUUUUGCCCUAUAUGAAGACAAUAUGCAAAUAGGGAGAUUUAGAUUCCUCCACCACUGUCGCUACUUCUCACUGGUUGAAUACGCAUCUGAUUGGUUGAUUCGGGUUGCCUCAGGUUGCCUCGACAGUUAAGAAAGCUAACCGCAUUGUUGGUUUAAUUAAACGGACUAUCGGUUUUUCAAGUACGAGCAUUUUUUCCACAUUAUAUAAAUCCUUGGUGAGACCUGUCUUGGAAUACGCAGCGCCAGUUUGGUCGCCAUAUCUGGUUAAAGACGUGAAAGCCCUAGAACGUGUUCAAAGAAGAGCAUCGAGAAUUGCUCUGAAACAGAAACGAGGCGAAAUGCCAUACAACGAACGUUGUAAAUUGCUAAAAUGGGACACACUAGAAAAACGUAGAAAGUUUCUUUCCCUAGUAGAGUGCUACAAGUAUUUGAACUUAAUGCCGGCAUAAUAUUCAGCGAAGUUUUAGAAUAUAGACACUCCAAGAGGACAAGAUCUAACCACCAAUACACCUUGUAUCCUAAACUACCCAAAAUUAAUUGUUACAAAUACUGACUAUUUGUAAGGAUUAUCAGUGACUGGAACAGUUUACCAUGCUCGGUUGUAGAAGUAAAUGACAUUAGAGAAUUUAAAAGAGAACUGAAGUCGAACAUGGACAUGUACUUGUAAUUUAACAUUUAGGUAUUUUAACUUAGUAAUAGGUAAAGGUGAUCUUUAUAUAGGGUUAACCUCCAGAUCUCCUGCAAGGGCCUCAAUAUUAUUGUAGGUACUUUGAAUAAAUUAUUGAUUGAUUGAUUGAUUGAUAGAUUGAAUUAGCCUUUCUCACGCUGCCAUUUUUGGGUGGCUUUUCAGCCGAGGUCUGCGAAAUAAGUCCACAUAACAGGACCUUUUAUGAUUUGUUUUUUUAUGAAUGAUGAUAAAUUUGCUUUGUGAAUGGUUAGUUUAUUUUGAAAAAUUGCUUUUCACAUUGUUUUAAUUGUCCGCAUUGGAUAACGAGAAUUAGAUGCCAACCCAAAAAUGGCGGAUAUUCUUCAUCGUGACAAAGGCUAAUUGAUUAAACGCAUCCGAUUAGUUAAUGAUAGCGGUAGUGGAGGCCAAAUCUGAACCACAAAUACUAUAGAGCACAGAAUAAAGAUCAGUAACAGAAGGGCAACUCAGCGGUGCAACGUGUCCUCGUUUUUUUAUGCAAAAAUAUGCAGUUUACUGGCCAGAAGGCGGAGCAGCCAGCCAGUACAGCGUGUUUAUUGGCCAGAAAAUGUCAUUGACUGGCUAGGAAAAUGGCGGCCAACAUCAUUGAACUAUAAAUAAACUGGAAGGCUAACUGCUAUGAUGAAGGCCUAUGAUUUGAUGAAGCCAAAAUAGUUUUUCUGAGUUAUGAGCAGAAAUACUUGACCCCAAACGUCGUGCUAUAUAUCAAAUUGAAGCUAUUGAAAAUUUCUAUUUGGUGUGGAAAUUUCACGACUUCAGCGAAAAGAAAAAUAUUUUAAAAAUACAAAAACAACUGCAAAACGGCAAAUUAUCGGUAAUUAUGUUUGUAAUUUUUUGAUAUUUCCCUUUUAGCUAAAGUCUUGAAAUUUCUACACCAAAUAGCGUUUUUCAAUAGCUUCAAUUUGAUAUAUAGCCCAACGUUCAGUGUUGAGUAUUUCUGCUCAUAACUCAGAAAAACUAAAAUGCACUGGCUUCAAUUUCCCCCCCUGAGUUAGCCUUCCAGUUUAUUUAUAGUUCAAUGGCCAACAUGCGUAAUGCGACAUGCGCGAGGACAGAAACUUCAAAGCUUCCGACGUAAGUUGCCCUUCUAUGUGGAUCUUUAUUCUAUGCUAUAGAGUCUAAUAUAAAACUUAUCUGGUUGCUCUCCACCGGAAGUAAAGUUCGUAUUUAACUAUAACCUAAUUAGCACUAACCGAUGAAAGGGACGGAUUAAAACUUUUUUGUUUGAUAGAUCAGGUAAAAAGUCGGAUUUUGGCUUUUUUGCAUGCGACUAUAGACAUGGGUUUGAGUAAGGGCCUCCGGUUUCGUUUAAGGAACGGAAACACGGCCUGAUACUUGGGCUACUCAGCUAUUCGUCAUUCAAGUUAGUGGAUUAAUAGUUUUGACGCUCAUUGAAUAUUAGCCUGCGAACAGGCUCUUUGAAUUGAAUUAGAGAGUUCAAAGAGAGCCUGUUCGCAGGCUAAUUGAAUAUGGGUGAUAACUACCACACUACUCGGAUAUAGCCGACAGAAAUCGAUAUCUUACCUGAUGUUUCGCCUUUGCAGCAAUGACAUACGUGCAGGCAGGAUCUAUAUUUCUGUGAAGUAGUACACCAGUGACGUCACAUGUUACCGUAUGACUCUUGCUACCUAUAAAUAUUCAACGAUUAUGAUAAUUAUAUCGUAAUGUUAUCAUGGAUGCCUGAAGGUGAAAAAGGUGAAAUAAUAUAGGAGCAAUAAAGUUGGUCAAAUUUGCAAUAACAUCUGAUUUCAACGCAUGUUAAUUUGAAAUGUUGGCUGUCGUUGUCUUGGGUGUUGCAACUUAUAUGUGAAUAUUUUCAAUUAACAUUUACUGAAGUCAGAUUUUGAGGCACGUUGCUGCUAUUUGUUGCUAGUCGUUCCAGAUGAAAAUACGAAAUGAAGUGUAUGAAAUGAACUUAAUGCUAUGUUGGCACUGGUGGUUCAUAUUAAAUAUUAAAUUGAAAAGCAUAAUUAAUUCGGAACUUACCCUCAGUACGGCCAUUCUCAACUUCUGAUUGAAUUCCUUUGCAUGUAAACGGUUCAUUAUAAUGUCCGUAACUCACAUCAUUCAACUUGCCCUCGCCACUUUGGAAUGAGAACAUUAUGCUGACAUCAGCAUCUUCUUUCCCGUAGUUUUGAACUGUCCAUACAAAUACGGCCACUGGCAGACUCGUGUCCUAACAAGUACACAAUAUCAAUGACACUGUUCACAUGUCACUCAUUAUAAUUAUUAUUUAAUUAUUACUAAUCUCAAAACUACAAUCGUGCCCAAACCUUGUUUACCAUGUAACUUAUCUAGCAAGUACGAGAGCUUUUCCAUGCCCAAACACUUGUCUACCAUAUAACUUAUCUAGCAAAUACGAGAGGCUCUCCAUAGACUCGUUUAAAGGUUGACACUGACAACCAAAAGAGAAACGCCCUUACAAGCCAAGCACACCUCACAAGCUAAGCACACAUUACUAUAAUACUAUAUUAUAUAACUUACAUAUAUAUAUAUAUAUAUAUAUAUAUAUAUAUAUAUAUAUAUAUAUAUAUAUAUAUAUAUAUAUAUAUAUAUAUAUAUAGCAAAGAAAGUUAUUGUACAUUUUUAAAUAUUGUUGUAAAUAGGUUACAUUUUUCUCUACUUUUGUGAACCGCACGGACCUUUGAAAAUCAGGCAACUAAAAGGCUACCGCGUGUCUAAAUAAGUUUAAAUAAUAAUAAAACCUUCGGGAUGCAUAAUAGAAGAUUAAUGGUAUAUACAAGUAAUAAAUGACGUAAAUUUUACCUUAUAGUCAUUUGGGAAGACAGGAGAUAUUUGCCUGCAGAUUAAUCGUAUUCGCUGUGAUGGUAUUUCAUACACCGUCCAUGCUCUUGGGUACAAUGCGUGGUAGAUUGCGUUUGCACCAUUGAAUCCCCAGUUCCAUGAUUUCAAGUUGUGUCCGUAUAAGAGACCAUUAGACGUACAUUGUGGAGAUAGUACUUGCUAUAGUUUAAAAAGUCAAUUCAAGUCAAUUUAUCAUAUAACGUCUCACGUAAAAAGAUACAAAAGAUGCCAAAUGUGACGAUUUGACUGUGAGGACUAAAUAUGGUCCUUCCCGAAUCUGUGCACGGUUUUGAAAUAACAUCGCAUUCUUCCAAAUUAUUUCUGAAAGAGUAGUGAAGUAAUUUUAACUUGGGCCAGUUCUAAAAGGAAAACAAUAUCACCAUGCAUGCAUUUGACCGAAAGAGCAACAUGGUUGGUUAAUUAAACGAAAAAUACUAAAACUGCAGCCAGGAUUCAAAAUAUAUGGUUAAAAUAUAUUAAUAGUAUAGGAUAAGAAAUUGCGGCUUCCAGCACAGAUUCAAAGGCAGUCCAAACGUCAAGUGAGCAAUCAUUAAGUAUUUAAGUCAGCCUAUAUACGAGUCUUUGAGCCAAGGUUUAGGACAAAUUUUAGCCUUUUAGGACAUGUUGAACUGUUUAGAUAAUAAUUUAUGCUUCAUAAUUUUUAUUGAAAUAUAUAGUAAAUAAAUAUAAAAGGUAUGCAUGAGCCGUUUUUCGCAAUUGUUCCAUGUCUAAUAAAUGUAUAAAAAUUCACACGAAAUUUCCAUCUCCAAAACCCCUCUACACUCCUAUAGGAUUGUCUGUAUUCAGGGUCACAUCGUUGAAUUAAUUUCUUGGUUGAAACGUCUUAAUUAAUAAGUUUCUAACGUAGUAUACAUAUCUUUACCCAGUCAGUGGUUCAUGAGACUUUUGUGUAGAUAUUUUUUUAUCUUACCUGAUAUACGGUUUUUCCUUUUCUUCUUAUACAAACGACAAACUGUAAAUACAUCAAGAUUUAUUAGAAAGGCUCAUGUGUAAUUAUAUUUAUCCCUGUUUUGUGAUAUUAUCGUUUUUAAAGGUGCUGUGGUGAAUAUGUAUAUGAACUAUUGAAUUGAAUAAAAUUACUAAUUAAGUAAAAUUACCAAAUAAGACGAGGGAGACCUGGUAACUAGUGUGUUGCUAUGACAACCACACAAACGUUGAAAAUGUUAGCUUAGUUGCACUAACUACUCUACCAAAUUUCAUUUAAUUUCGUUGAAUCGAGAUAUAUAUUAGAGCUUCUUUUUGCUGCGCGCCAUCUUAAACACAACUAUAUAUAGUGGUGUUAUAACACAACAACACACGGAAUGAGCUCUGUAUCAAUAAACUGUUAAAUUAUAAGGUCAUUCUUCAUCAUUUUCAAGGUACUAUCAAGUGAUGGAUAAAAAUUUGGAAAGCAUGCUUUGCGCAAUCUCAUCUUCAUACCUGAUCUGCGUGUACAUCAUCAUACGAAUACAUUCCAGGUGUUAACUGCCAGCGAUUGAAAUCUCCCUUCCAACCACGACCAAUAGAACCACAUCCAAUCCCACCGAGUGGCACCCCUGUUGGGAACCCAAUUAUUGCAACAUGACUGUUAUAAUUAAAUCAUGUUGAGUUAGACCAAUUUAGGGAGUGGAGACAACCGCACAAGAACAACAAUCCAUAUAUAUUUUUAAACUGACAAUUUGUAUUUCAUCUCCCGUAAUAGUUGUAAACGAGGUUGUAAACAAAAUAGUAUUUACAAGCUGUUAGUAAUUUUAUUCACUAGAAAUAGUUUAAAGAAUACCUCUACACACUGUUAAACAAAACUUUUUGGCUCUCCUCAUGUGUUUGACGGAACGGCAGCUUCGUUUAGUACAAAAAUUUGCUCGCUUUUAACCGGAACGAAACGGGAAGCCAUUUUGUUUCUGUCCGGGCAAGGAUAUCCAGGGCAAGGAUAUCCAGUGCUGAGACUGACCUGAGUAACCAAUCAAAUUGCUUGAAAAGCACAAGAGCGGCC